AUGACAAAAGGCACGAGAGGCAGGCGUGGGAUCUCUUCCCGCCAGUGCAGGCCUACACCGUACCCACUGAGGACCCACGACAAGAAACACAGCAUGCACCAAAAGACACAGCCCAAGUUAGUCAAAAAGGACUGGGAAGAUGCCACAUGCUCGGUCUGCAUGGAAUGCCCCCACAAUGCCGUUCUCCUCCUCUGCUCGUCUCACAACAAGGGCUGCCGGCCUUACAUGUGUGGUACGAGCUCCCGCUACUCCAACUGCCUCGACCAGUACCACAAGGCCCACGCCAAGGUGUCGUCAGGCCCGCUCGACAACACGCCCAUGGAGCUCGUCUGCCCGCUCUGCCGUGGGCAGGUCAAGGGGUGGACUGUGGUGGAGCCCGCUAGGGAACACCUCAACGCCAAGCGGCGGGGCUGCAUGCAGGAUGGGUGCCCAUUCAUGGGGACGUUCAAGGAGCUGAGGAAGCACGUGCGUGCCGAGCACCCGUGCGCAAGGCCCCGUGAGGUGGACCCAGCCCGGGAGCAGAGGUGGAGGCGGCUCGAGCGGGAGAGGGAGCAAGAGGAUGUGAUGAGCACCAUUCGAUCGUCUACCCCUGGGGCUAUCUUCUUCGGGGAUUAUGUGAUCGAGGGGGGAAACUACUCGGACGACGAGGAUGAUGAUGACCUUUUUGACGGCUCGGUUGGGGCUGGGGUGGGUGGGAUAGACCGGAAUUUGAUGUCUGUGUUCUUGUUUCUGCAGGCGUUUGGGUCUGCUGGCCGGGUGAGGCAGGAUAGAGAGCCUGGGGAGGUAGUGGUGUCGGGAGAUGGGUUUGAAUACUCGGAUGAAGAUGGUGAAGAUGGGGAUAAUGGAACGUCGUUUGCUAGGAGGCUGCGCCGUCAGGGUAGGGUAGUUUUGGGUCGUUCGGGGAGAAGGAGAAGGCAUAGGGAGGCGGGUGGGGCUCGGAUAUAG